ACAACCUCGGGUCUCUCCAUCGACUGUCUACUUGCAUCCCCAACAGGUCUAGCUGACACUAGCUACCUGGACCGGAUUGGUGUCGACUCUGGCCAUAUUACGGGACUCGGAAGUAAUGGAUAUCGCGAACGCCGUGAUCCAUAUUUCUCUUAUGGUCGUGUUGGUAUGUUUGGACAGCGUUCUGGCACACUGACAGGCCUAGACAGAGCAGCGACCGAUGAAACGGCUGCCAGCAGUACUGAAGUUGGGGUCGAAAGUGGACGAGGCGGCGCAGGCUGUAGUGUUGGACGAAUUGCUACCGGUCAUAACAUCCAACCAUGGCAACGAAUUAGUGAGCUGAACCUUGAUGAGCUGGAAAUGGCCUAUCCAACCGUACAGAGUUGGCUACGCCCGUCCUCUCACUUGCCGGGAAAGGAAUCGAAAAAAUAUACUGUGAGUCUGAGGUCACUACAAACAUUCGAUCGACCAAUCAUCUUUUAG